CCCCCAGCAGCCCUUCACAUGUGCCCCCACCAGCGUCUCCGCCGUCGCUGGGUGCGCCGGUGCCGGGGCCCGCCGGCGCCAGGGAGUCAGAUACCUUUGGGCCGGCGGAGAGCGGCGAGCGCAGCCAGCGCGUGCGCAGCAUCGUGCUCAUGCUGUCGCGCUCCGAGUCGGAGGACAGCGGCAGCUCGCCGGUGCGGCCUCCACCACAGCCGCCUCCGCAGACGUCCACCAUUCCGACACCGCCUCCACAGCAAACUCCACCGCAACCUCCGCCUGAGCCGCGGCCCACCCCGGCCACACCUGCCUCCGCGGCGUCGAGGCGCCUCCAAUUCAGGAACAGCGGCAAGACCUUCAUCAGCGGUUCCACGUCAGCUGCGCCCUCCUCCUUGCCGUCCUCGGCGCGGCCCCGUACGGCGGGGACCUCCAGACCGUCCUCGUCGACCUCAGCGGCGCCCCCGCUCCAGCGGGCCCUAUCUACCAGCAGCGCGGCUUGCCCUCCGAAGGGGAUCCUCGUCAACCGGAGUCGGCUGCAGAGCGCGAGCAGCGUGGACGUGCUGGACGUGGACACCACCCCCCGCGCGCUGGCCGGCGUCCUCGCCGCCGCCCUGGCCAGCGGGGCCGCAGGGGCGCCUGCAGUGGGCGCAGGGGCCGCGGCCUCGCCGGGGAGCCGCGUCAAGUCGGCGCCGCCGGCCCGGCCCGCGGCGCGCAAGCAGCUCAAGACGGCCGCGGCGCGGCGCGGGAGGCUGAGGAGCGGCGGACACUCGGACUCGUCCGACGAGAGCCACGACCGGGAGAAGGACAAGGACAGGGACAAGGACAAGGACAAGGAUAAGGAAGACAAGAAGGGCAGCAGGAAUGGCAGGCGCGGCGUGGCCAGGGCACCGGGCCGUGCGCCGUCGGAGGUGGUCACCAUGGUGUCCCUGCUGAGCUCGUCCGACUCGGCACCCGAGUCUGACGCCGAGCAGGCUGACCCACAGCCGCAUGCCAACCUCCAGGCGGAUUUGGACCGCUACGCGGGCCUCGCCUCCCUGAGGGCCUCCUACGCUUCCGUGGCGGCCGGUGGUCAGGGCCAGGGCCCCGGGCAGGGAGCGGGGGUCGGUGCAGGAACGCCGACCACGCCCCAGGCGCUGCCGUCGCAACCUCCGAAGCCAAAGAGCGUGUGGUUCCAGCCCAGCGAAAUGCCUCUCCGACGGCUGGGCCCAGAGCUCAGCCAACCUCCGACCCUCGGGCAGAGCUUGGGCCUCGGCGCGCUGGGGGCCGGCCUGGGGCAUUCCGGCCUCGGCUUCAACCUGGCACACGGCCUCGGCCUGGCCAGCGAGAAGCGGGCGCCCUCCGUAGAGGCCAGGACGGCGAAGCGGCGGCUCACCCGCGCGCUGAGCGAGCCGGUGGGACCAGCGGGGUUGGACGCGGGUGCGCUCGGUGCGGCCCCGACCGGCCUGCAGAUCCCCCUCAGCCUGCUGCUCCGCGCCACCGAGUCCGCCAGCAGCGCCUCGGCGGACCGCGCCAACGGUGGCAGCGCGGCCGCCACCAGGACCACCGCCGACAAGGCCCCCGCCCCGGCCUCGCAGGACGAGGACCGGGAGGAGGACGACGGCGAGGAGUCCGACGCGGAGCCCACCUUCAGCACGCCAAAAGAGCGAGAGUGCUGGGAGCUUUUCAAGAAGAUGAGCGACAAAGGGAUCACCGUGUCGUACGACACCGUCCUCAGGGGCAUGCUGACGCCUACCGAGUAUCGGAUGCGAAGGAAUUCCCUUCUGUCCAGCUGUUAAGCACCACCAUGGGCCAACUUCAGUUGUGCGCUGGCGCACAACGGUCACCAGACUUUUAGUUGUAAGCACUUACUUCAAAAGUGACAAUUAAAUAAAUAAAAUUGUUGCAAGGCAUUAAAAAUAAAAACAGAGAGAAACAUAAUCAUUCAAAAUAACAGG